GCCGACGUGGGCAGCAGCCCCCGCGCCCGCCCGCCCGCGCUGCGGUCCGGUCGGUGCGCCGUUCGCUCCCGUCUCCCGCGCGGUACCAGCUCCCUGAGCUGCUCGGGGGGUGGGCGAGCGGCAAGCGGGCUUCGGUGAGCCCGAGGAGGCGCAGGCUGCCGCGGCCCCGCAGCGCCCAGGGCCUGGAAAGUAAUGGCGCCUGGGAUUCGGGAGAAGGAGCCCCGGACAAGGAGGGCCCGUGCUCAGGAAAGAGGACGUCAGUCUGCUGGGCUCGCAGCCCCUGCCUCUGCCCCUGCCGGUCUGUCUGCAGGUCUGCGUGUCAGUUCCUAGCACUCUGCAAGGCUAGAACAGGAGGAGGAACCUCUCCAGAAUUCCUGCAGUCUAUCCUUCAGGACAGGAAAAGGAAGGGGAAAUCUCAACAUGGAAAACCUCUACAGUGACAACGAAGGAAAGCUGGAGAGCCAGGGAAAGCCUGAAGGUGAAGUAGAGGCUGAAGGUGACGGAAGUUCAGAUGAGGAAGAAAGGCUGGAAGUGGGGAGGAAGCCAGGGCACGCGGGAAAGCUCCAGGAUGAGGGACAGCCAGAUGAUGAGGGACAACCAGAAGAUGAGGGGGAGCAAGAAAAGCAGGGCAAGGUCGGAGAUGAGGGGGAACCUCGCGGGGAGGCAAAGCCCGCGAGUGAGCUACGAGCCACCAAAAAGCGCCCGGGUGAAGAUUAUGUGCCCCAGAAAGCAAAAAGAAAAACGGACAGGGGCACGGACUAUUCCCCCAAGGACUAUCAGGAGGACUUCCAGGAAAGACAUCUGGGCAGUGAGGAGAUGAUGAGAGAAUGCGGAGAUGUGUCAAGGGCUCAGGAAGAGCUAAGGAAAAAACAGAAAAUGAGCGGUUUGCACUGGAUGCAAAGAGAUGUACAGGAUCCAUUCACCCCAAGGGGCCAAUGGGGAGUCAGGGAAAUGAGGGGCGGAGGUAGGGGCCAAAGGGGCUUACAUGAUAUCCCAUAUGUUUAAUGACUGGGCCUUCAAUUCUGAUUUCUCUGAUGAGAAUAUUGCUGACUCUGCUUUCCCUGGCAGGCACUUGCCAGGCUCUAUGUGCUAAACCUUAAGCUGAUAGGUGUCACUCUUGUUACCAGCAACCUUUUGAUCCAACUACAGUGCUCUCUGCCUUUCAGUGGGGGAUUUUCACCCAUGUGCAUGGAAGAGAUAUUCAUGGUACACCGGAAAAUAAUAAUAAAGAAGAAACCAGUUUUCAGAACCACA